AUGGAAACGUACUAUAUCGAGUCAGAUUACGAAUAUCUGCCAGGACUGUUCAGCUCUCUGACAGAAGUAUUGGUGGAAAAUAGACAAUAUUAUUCGGGAAUAAACGAUUGUAGCAAAUCCAGGGAAUUCUCGCAGUGUUUUGAGGAUUUAAUAGAGAUCACAGGAAAAACGUUAAAAUUGCUUCUGGAAGUCGCUGCCGUUUCACCACUGUUUGAUUACGAUCCCAACACUAAGGGCAAUGGAUACAGGACCAUAGUCAGGGUGGUGGAGAUGUGUUUCCGAAGGCUGCAUUCUCUGGGGGAAGAUUUUCAAAAGAGCAGAGCCGGCUUUCUCUUUCGUUCGGAUCAUUAUUAUAAAGAAAUUGUGAGCUAUUUAGAUUUAUCCAAAGGCUUAUUUAAGUUCUUGGAGUUUGCAAAGCUUCUGUUGGAAUGGAGUGACGGAAAUGACCUGUUCCCCCCUGAAAAUUGUUAUGAUGCUAAGACAAUGACUGAGUGUCACUUACAUGAAAUGGAGAAAGAGUGUUUCUAUGGCCGACGUCUUGGCUUUCAUGUGAGUAUAUUGUAUGUGCUUGUUAACUUGGAGAUGGCAGAUGGGAUGUCAUUGAUUAUGACUUGUGGUCCCUAAUAUUAAUCAUGCUAAUUUCAUUUCUGGUUUUAUUGUUUUCAUUUUAGGGGUUAGGUGUCAAUUGGGACGAGAGUCCUGUUCCUUUCCCCUGUCACGAUUUGUAUCUGUCUUUAUUUGUCUUUAAUUAAUUAGUUUGUAUCGUGUAUAAAGUGACAAAUUCAUUAUAUUAUAUUAUAUUAUAUUAUUAUUGAACAAUGCCAUAGGGGUGGGGAGGACACGUCCUCCAAGUUCUCUUCAAAAUGAAUUUUUAAUUUGUCCAAAUUCAAUAAGGAAAGUGAGGUGGGUUGGGAGUAUGUUUGUGGGUGCAUUCCAGCUAUUUACUAGAUAAACUGAAUAAAUUCAGUCUUGUAGUGUGAAUAUAAAAGGUGCAUGGUAUUAAAGGCCAUGUAUGUAAAGUCCGUAAUGUAAACAAACGAUUUGUUUACAUUUGGAACUCAGUGCUACAGUUGUAAAAUAUGAUUAGAUAUAUAUUAUACUGAAUUUUUUUAACACUCUUCUGGUUUGCUAUAUAUGCUUGUAAAUGAAUACAGAUUAGGGAUUCAAUUCAAGAAAGUUUGGAAGGUGCAAAAUCGGGUCCCGACCAUUGAAAUGUAGGCCUGUGCAGAACGGACUUUACAUGAUCUUUAAGGAUCAUGAGGGACCAAGCUGAAGUUUUGUCUGUGGGGGGAGUGUGGAUCUUUUCUGGAAUGACCCAUUUUUAACCUAAGCUACUUUAAUUAAGUUAAUUCAUUUGUUGAAAAAUGUGGCAACAAAGUACUUGAUGGUAGCUAGAUUUUAGUGAUUCCAAUCCAACAGCAUUGCAGUCCAAGUGUUGCUGAACACUUCCUAUUGAAUGAUGGCCAAACCACUCUAAAUAAUAUACUAUGUCCAUUCUUUAAUUGAUGCAAUCUAUUAAAUUUCCAUUAAUUGGUUUUUGAAUGCUUUUUAAAGAUUUACCAUGUAUACCAUCAAUGUAUUAAAAACUGAACUCUUACCAAUUACCAUUAUUGGUUAUAAUUAUGAAUGAUGUUUACCAUCAUGAUGAUGUUUACCAUGAUAGUUACCAUUAAAGUGGAAGUCAAGUCCGUUAUGCACAUCGGUUCUGCUCAUAACAAUGUGAGGACCCUCUCAUGUAAACAUUGCCCAAAUUUCAAAUGUUUCGAAUUUUUCUGAACAUAAACUCUAUUUCAUAUUCAUUUAGAAGCAUAGCGAGUCAAAAUGGUGUUGGAUAUUCAGACAGUACAUCAUAUUUUAAGAAAUACAGCAGUUCAAAAUGUAAACAAAACAUUUGUUUACAUUACAGACUUGACUUCCACUUUAAUGAGGUAUUUUCCUCAAUUUCCUGUGCACAAGAAAAAAUAAAGUAUGUACCAUUAAUGGUCAAUAUUAAACAUCAUCGUUUUUACUACUUUACCAUAUGGGAAAUUUACCAGUAAUGGUAAGAAUGGUAAGAGUUCAGUUUUUACAUUAAAAACCCAUCAACAGAAAUUUAAUUUUUUCCUGUGUGAGAGCUUUACUUCACCUCCAGGCUGCCUGGACAAGAUGCUAAGUAAGUGAACAAAUGUUUCUGACAAAGCAUGUAAAAUAAAGAUGUUUACUGCAACAUUCCAUCUACAAAACUAGCUUAUUCAAGAAAAUGCCCCUAUAUAAUGUCAAAAAAAUUGUCCAGUUGUAUACUUAGCUUUACAGCAAUUGUAUUGGGUAACAAAUCCUACUUUCUUCAAAGUUAAAACAAUGUGUUGACUAGGAAAUUGCUUCGAGCAUCUUAUUCAUGAGGAGAUUUAGGAAAGGAAAGAGAAGGGCUCCAGAACAAUUAAAGUCUUCAUUUUAUUUACCUCGAUCUGCUUACCUUACUUUGCUCAAAGUUUUCAGCAAAGGUAGUCUGCUAUUUGCACUUUUAUUCUCACAUGUUUGAGGUGAUCAAGAUUGUAUCUGCAUGUACCUGCAUGUACAUUAAUUACCUGUGACAAUGAUAUCGUAAAGCACACACAGCAAAGUCAAAAUAAUCAACAAUUAUUUGCGAGUUACAAUGUCAACUGAUACAUGUAGAGCAGAUUAGUGCCUUAGUGGAGUCCAGAUUUAGCAGAGAAUGAAACUCAGCAAAUUGGUGGAAAUAUUUAAGCUUGACCUUGGAAAACUUUAUAGAUUUCUCUUAAUAGGUUGAAACAUUAAUUAAAUCUAAUUCUAUCUAUUUUCUGGAUGUUGAUUACUUGAUUCCCUGUCUGUACUGAAAUAUAAAUUCUCCCUAAGCAUUCGUAGUAUUUCAAAAAUCAAGUUUGGUUUAAUGUGACCUGUAUUAAUUAGAUUAGAUAUGUUCUGAUGUUAGUUAGGGAAGGGUUAAAUAUACGUUUCUGUCAAAAUGACAUCUUUUAGAAAAAGACGUCGGAUAUUCAUUUCAAUGCGUGGGCCUUAUAUGCGUCAUUGUGCGUCAGUAAUGACGUCUUUAAAUAUGAUGGCGUCACUAUGUCUUUGACCUGGGCCAAUAAGAUGCGUUUGAUAUUCAAUUAACCAUGCAGGUAGCGGUAGUGGAAGUCAAAUCUGAGCUUCUAAAAUUAUUUUCAGAUAAUUUUCAUAACUUAAAAUUCUGUGUUGUUUUUGAAGUACAGACUGUAUAGUCAUGUUACCGUAACGCACAGGCAUAAACAUUUCACAUAAGAACUGGGAGACGGUUGUAAUUAAGAACAUUACUUUGAAGUUGUAGUCAAGUAGCCCUCGAAGCAGCGUAGACCUAGGCCUUUAUUCAGCUGGCUUUGGCAGGUUUGACGGUCAAUUUCGGGCUAGCAUUUGUUAAGUACCCCAAAUCGCCUAGUUCCCGCCUAGUUCCCAGUCUUCUCAUGUGAAAAAGCGCAGAAUAUUAAAAAAAUAAUAAAAAUAGAAUGCCUAGGUCUAGGCUGGUAGACUAGUCAAGUUUAUUCAGGGUUUGUUUUGAAAUUAAAAUUUUUCAAUGUUUUUUUACUAUUUUUCGUUUCUGCGUUUUCAAGCGUAUGUUUCGGGAAAAAAGACGUCUUGCCUAUACUGGCUAUAGGCAUAUAGGUCUCAGAGGUCAUAUAGGUGGCUUUCACCAAGUCGUAUACACGUUUUGACGCUUUAUGUUUUAUGGAAGCGAGCAAAUUUCGCCAAAUUGCAUACAUUCGCCACCAAACACAAGGUGAAUACAUAUAAUGAACAAUUUACUCACUCUGGUAACUGUGUUCCCUUUUGGAGUUGACCACCAAGCGCUAAACGUACUACGUGACUGAAACCCAGCUAUGGACGCUUUUUUGGCGGAAACGUAUUUUUGACCCUUCACUAAUAAAGUUAACGGCAGAAUGUUAAAAUUAUCAUCCCAAUGUUCAAGUGCUGAUCAUUGACAUUGAUUUUCAUAGAGGAAAGCAAGUGUAUACUGCCUAAUCUAAACAGAGCAGGAAACUAACCCAAUUAUUAUUCCCAAAACCACUUCGCUGUCUGAUGUUAGUAAAAAGAAAGUUUGAACAAGAAGUGUAAUUUUUGUGUAUUUUGCAUUUCAGUUCAAUACUGCGUUAAGAGGAUUUCUAACCACAGUGUGUAUCAGUAUGGCAUCCUUUGGAGAUGGUUAUGCUAAGCACGAUGGUUCCUUCACUGUAGCUGCUGUGUCGCUAUUGAAUGGUCCUAAAUAUUUGAUUAAUCCUGACCUCAGGGCAAAACGACUGAUUUCACUCAGUACUCUUGUUGAUAUGGAGUUUUGUAAAGCAUUUUGGUCCCUGACAGAACGUUAUGGUUUUCAG